AUGUUAAGUGACGAGAAGAAAAGAAGAUUAGCCGAUCAGACUAAAGAUAAGCCUCUUAUUUUGAAACUGGGCUCCAGAAGCAUCGAAUUUGGAAUAUGUGGUGAUGCUAAGCCACUGGUACAUAUAUCGAGCUCUGAAUUCAGUCAACUUCAAAGCUUUAAAGUGGACCCUGGACAAAUUUUUUGGGGCCAUUCGAUAAACUCAAAAGAUGUAGAACAUUUGAAUAAGAGCGGUGAACUGAGUCCCAAUAAAUCAUCACUUGAACUCGACUUGGAGUCGUUCAAGUUUCUUUUCUACCCAGACUUAUUGGCUUAUAGAGAUAGUGAGAACCUUCUUAAUUCAUUAGAAUAUCGCCUUCGUAACCACUUAUUUGAUAUUUUUGAGGCCUUGUUUAAAAAAAUAACCUUCAAUGCGGUCAACGCCAAAAUAUUUAUCUUGGAGGACUUAUUUCACAAUGAGUGGUACAAAAAAACAAUGUCCGAUGUGCUUCUCAGCCAGUUGCAAGCUAGAUCGGUGGUUUUCUUACCAAAUUCUGUAAUGUGUAUAGUUGGAGCUGGUAUACAGAAUGGUCUAAUUGUUGAUUGUGGUUGGAGUGCUAUUUCUGUUGAGCCUGUUUACGAGAACAGGCUAUUAACCAACUAUUCUGCAUUUACCAGACGAGGUGGAAUGAUGAUUCAUUAUAAAACGGUGACGAAAUUACAGGAGAAUGGAGUCAAAAAGGAUUUUGAUGAGGUGGAAAAACUAAUAGUAGAAUGUAACGAUUCGUCGAUUCCGGCAUAUGACGCUGUCAACGAGUGUCUCUUUCCAGAGAUCGAUAGCGCAGACACAGAUAUGGAUGAACAGAAACCGGCAUCUCUAGUGGUAAAUACUAUUGCUGGACUUCCAGUGGAUAUUAGAAAAGAACUAGCAGGUCAUAUUAUAAUUACAGGAGGACUAGGUAGAAUUGAUUGGUUACGACAGAAGCUCAUUCAAGAGAUUUCGUGUCUGGUGAAGAGAGAAGGAUUUAAAUUUACUACGGGACAGAAUCAUAGCCUUGGAAGUUGGCAAGGCGCAAGUUUAUUUGCAUCAACCAUUCUUCCGAGACAGAAAUCAAAUGGCAUUAUACAGGAACUUCGAAGAGACUAG